AUGUCUCGCUCCGUGUCAUCUUCACGGGGCUCUGAGUCUCCAAUGGAGCCUGAACGUGCUCACAGAGCCUGUGAAAAGUCUGUUGUGGAACCGGGUUAUCUUGCAGGAUCUACCCCCAAGGAAGCAUAUGGACAGGGUAUAUUCGACCCUGCCUUCGAUAUUUCUAGCUCCAUGAUCAUGGCUUUGCUAUCUUCGCGCAAUAUUCCCUGGCGUGAGGCAACUGAACGGUACUUUGAGACUAUGAAUCCCUGGUUAUCCGUAGUCCACCCGGAACUCUUCUCUAUUCGCACCGAUAACAUCAGCUCUGGUUCAGCUUCUGGUGCAGAUCAAGGACCUCGCGAUCCCGCGGUCGCCCUCUUGAUCGUUUGCAUGCAACUCGUAUCUCAGUACGACGACGAAGCUGCCGCAGCGAGCACCAGUGUCAACGAGGGAAAGGACAUGAUUGAGAUGCCCGCCUACCGGGCUGCUAAGCGCUCCCUGAGCGUCCUUCGUGGCCUUUCCGCUCCCUGCAUUGAGCUUGUCCAGUGUUCUAUCCUCCUUGCGCUCUUUGAGUUCGGUCACGGUGAUGUGAUGCGUGCCUAUGUCAGUAUUGGAGACGCCAACACCAUGGCCAUCGUCCUGCGUAUUGGCCCUGGAAAGUAUGUCGAGGCCGAGCGAGAGGCGAACAUUCCUUACGAAGAAGAAGAGCGUCGCUGCGUCUAUUGGAGCCUAUUCGUGCUCGAUCGUUUGAUUCAUGUCGAUUGCUCUCUUAUCCACAUGCCACUUCAAGUGCCAUCUCCGGCUGCAGAUGACCUUUUACCGACGAGCAAUUUGAUCUGGCAUAAUCAAAAUCAGUCGCCCACACGCUCGGUUCAGCGACAUCCAGCAAACGUUACACCAUCAGUGCCCCUUGGCCCUUUCCAGAGGAACUGCCAGUGUGCAAUGCUCUAUACAAGGGCAUAUUCACCCAAACCCCCCGGAAAUCCCAAUGCUCUGUUGGACGAGUAUGUUGAGCUCGAUAUUGCCACACGCAACCUAGUAGAAGCUAUGAUCAUGCAAACCUCUCGCUGGGGUGACUUUUACGAGUGUUUUGCCACUUGUACCUGUCUUCUUCUAUUCCUGUACUGUCGCCAACUCCGCACUGCCAACACGAUAUCCGCCUCAGGCCCUUUCUCUCCGUCCGCCGACGACAUAGCUCCGAAGGCCAUUGCUGGUUUAAACUUCACGAUACGUAUCAUCGCUGAUACCACCACCGAUCUGAACGACCAGCUCGCUCACCGCCCUCACCUACUUGCUCCUUGUUCACCCGUCACACCCUACUCGGCUUAUCAUUGUCUCAUGGUGCUGAGUCACCUUGAACAUCUCAUUCCCGAAGCUGACACAAGAUUCCAUAACAUUUUUGCCUCAUUGCACUUUUUCGCCAAGAGAUGGGGAGUUGCUGGUCAACUUGUUAACAAGGUUGAACUGUUUCUAGCGGACGCGGAUGAGACACAAUGGAGCUUCAUGAAUGAAUAA